AUGGUUGUGAUGCCUCCACAAAACAGUAUAAACGAGUCAGGAGGGCGGUACCUUGAAGAUGGUAUAUGGCAACACGGUCGUUUCUACGGCUCCUGGAAGCCCGGAAAAUACUUGUUUCCCAUCGAUUCAGAAGAACUAAAUCGUCUGGACAUUUUUCACAAGGUCUUUCUUCUCACCCGAGAAAACAAGCCACUUCGAGUUCCCAUUCAACGACAGGCGCCCAAAAUUAUGGACAUUGGCACUGGAACGGGUAUAUGGGCAAUAAAUGUGGCAGAAGAAUGCUUUUCCGAUGCACAAAUCAUGGCCGUUGACCUGAACCAGAUCCAACCCGCAUUGAUCCCGCCAGGAGUGUUACCAAAACAAUAUGAUAUAGAGGAACCCGUCUGGAGCUCGUUGUUGACUGACUGCGAUUUUAUUCAUAUGCGCAUGCUAUUGGGAAGCAUCCAAACAGACUUGUGGCCUCGAGUGUACCGCAAUAUCUUCGAGCACUUGGCCCCAGGCAUUGGCCACCUUGAACACCUUGAAGUGGAUUGGAUACCCCGGUGUGACGAUGAUGAGCGCCCUGCAAAUUCCGCAUUCGAGAAGUGGUCGGAGCUUUUCUUUGACGGGAUGGAGCGAUUCAACCGCACCGCUAGAGUCAUGCCACAAGAAACCCAGCAAUUACUCGAGGCCACAGGUUUUGUAGAGGUUAAGCACGAAGUUCACCGCGCCUACGUCUGCCCCUGGUCCUCUGAUCGACACGAGCGGGAGAUCGCUAGAUGGUUCAAUAUCGGACUAUCUCAUAGCUUGGAGGCUCUAGCAAUGAAACCGCUAGUUGAAAAACUUGGCUUCAAGGCUGAUGAUGUUCGUGAGCUAUGUAAUACAGCGAAGCGCGAAACGUGCGUUCUACGGUACCACACAUACUGCAACAUCCAUGUCUGGACAGCGCGAAAGCCUGGCUCACCGCAGUAA